AUGGCACAGUCGCAAGAUCGGGAUCCAGGUGUAAGUCAUCUCAUAGAAGAAAUACCGGAAAGGCAAGUUUUCAAUUUCCCGUCCUCGGAGCCUCUAAAGGCUUACAUUUCAAACAGACUAGACGAGCAACACAUCUCCACGACGAAAACCCUCGGUUUCCUCAUUCACCCCAACAUCCCAGUCACUUCACCCACUCUCAAAGUCGCAGACAUAGGUACUGGUACCGGUAUCUGGCUUCUCGACGUCGCCAAGAGCCUACCCGCAACAUGCCAAUUCACCGGCUUUGACAUCACAUCUUCCGCUCUCCCUCCCCCGGAAACAUGGCCGUCAAACGUAUCGUUCAAGGUCCAAGACUUUUACCUCCCCUUUCCGGCCUCGGAGAUAGGAACCUAUGAUGUGGUCGCAGUCCGCUUCGUCAGUAGUGCUGUCACGCGGACGGAAUGGGCUCGUUCGAUUGAGAAUCUGAUGACCUUGUUGAAGCCGGGCGGCUGGCUGCAAUGGAUCGAUUCAUGCAACUUCGCACUUUACAAUUCGGUUCCCGGAACUUCUCGUGCGGCGUGCCAGGAGAUCUAUGACGCUCUGCAGCCAUUUCGCUCCCAAAAUGACGUCGUGAUAGGCCUCAUGAUGCGGGAGCCGACGAAUAUGCGGAGGGAAGACGUAUUCCGGGAGCUCGGCUUGGUUGAUGUGCACGAAGAUGUCUUUUCAACGGAUAGGUUGCAGGAUCCUGAGUUGCAGUUGAGGGACAAGGGGACCAGGAAUGUCAUUGUUUGUUUCUUGGGGUGUUUGGAGGGGUUAGUAGGGGUGGAGGGAAGUGGAUGGAGUAAGGAGAGGAUUGAAAAGCUGAAGGGGGAAGCGAUGAGGGAGAUUGACAACGGGGUCUAUCACACGCUUGAUCAGAUGACACCUGGCACCUGA